AUGUCAAGUUCUGGUAACAAACACAGAAGAACCAGCGAAAGUAUAUCAAGUGUUGACAAUCGAGCACAGGGAGCUGCUCUAAGUCCAUUUACCGUCGCUCGCGAGAAAUUUCAAGAUGCCUGUGCCGAUGCUUACAAAGCUCUAGGAUCGCUUUACAGAGAUAUAUGUGUAGACAAGGCCAUGAAAGAUGUGCUCAGGCCAUUCUCGCAUGCAUUGUCUGCUCUGGUUAAAUACCAUUGUGGGAGCAUUUCUGGGUCUACCAAAGAGGAGGCGUAUCACAAGGUCAUGGAAGAGGUCAAUAAAGUGCACUAUAGAAUAAGAAUAAGAAGCGAAAAUCAUUUUGAGGUCGACCCGUCACUAGAUCGAGUUGACAAAGGUUUGAAGGAGGCAGACGAGAACUUGGAUGAUUUCAUCUAUACAGCUUGUCUGAUAUUCAGAAAAGGGUUCCUUUCCUCUUCAGCAAAGGCAUUCUCUCUGUUAUGUGAGCUAUCAGAAGCACAGGCAACCAAAAUAAGUACAUUCGAUGGUAAAGAAGUGAAGGAGCUCCGUAGCGCUAUUGACAAGGUCAAGGACAUAGCAAUGUCCGAUGUUGGCCCAGCUCUCGACUGGAAUCAUCCCGCGCUUUCCAGAACUCUCAUUCAAGCAGCAGAUGAGCUGAAGGCUUAUAAGGAAAAGGCCAUUAAACUGAAGCCUGAAAACGACAAGAAGGAGAGUACCAUAGGGCCAACCGAGCACGGUGAACUCGUCACAUCAUGUCAAAUUGCCAAUCUACAAUCCGUGCCACGUUUUUCUGGCGUCAGAAUAACGAUUCCCACGACAGACGUUACUUUGUUAGUCUCCCACGGUCAACAGACCGAAUUUGGGUAUCCAUAA